GAGAAAACAGACACCGAGUCAAUUGAUCCUGUCAACAUGUGCUUCCCUGUUGCAUGAGGAGAAGAUGACAGGGGGAAAAAAAUCUGCUUAGUCACUGACUGAAAAAUGGAGUUUGCAAAAACUGCAGUAUGGUCUAGUGAUUAAAGCAAAGGAUGAGGAGAGAGCAGGGCUGGGUGCUAGUCCCAACUCUACCACAGAUUUUUUUUGUGAGACCUUGGGCAAGUCACUUAAUUUCUUUGUGCUUCAGUUCCCGCAUCUGUAAAAUGGGAACAACAAUCCACCUCAGGGCAUUUUGAAACCUUUCGAUGGAAAGUGGGAUAUAUUAUUACUGUGGUCUCACAAAUCUCAGAGUUAGUGCAGUUUAAGCAAUGGCUACUACUUUCAUUGAGCUAAUGUCACUUAUUAAUUACUACUGUUAUUCCUUAUGUGUGCUCCACGAGCAACCAAAGCCUACAAACCAAGAUCAGUGCUCCCUUGUGCUAGGCACUGUGCAAACACACAGGUGGCUAUGAGCCUCCACAAAGAUCUUACAAUCUAUCAUACCCUGUUCGCCUCUUAUAUCUGUAAGCAUUGCAAUUCCAACAAUACUAGGGGAGCGGGACCUGGAUUCUUCACUAGUGAUGAUGAAGCAUGAGCAGGAAAGAAGCCGGCUUUGACUUUCAAAACUCAAGGUGAGUUUGCAGGACUAACAUUUGUGGGGAUGGGGAAUCUCCUUUGUACUUUAAAGCUUGAUGUAGAAGUUUUUGAGAUACAGAGAAUAUAGAACAUUACAGUGUUCUUCAGAGUAGGAUCAACAUUUAAAUUACGAGCCAAAGCCACAGAGCCCAGCCAAGAACUCAGGAGUUCCUGGCUUCCAAUCCCAUGUUCAGACCACUUCCCCAGACCUGUCACAGCUGGGGUCGUGCUUGGAAAAGAGCUCACUGGGAAAGGAUGUCAUAAUGUCGUUGAGUAACCACAAAAGCCACUUAUUCAAAAUGCAGGUAUGUUAGCAUAGCCUGAUAGCAUCUGACCUACAACAUCAGGGCUGGAAUAAGCAGUGACAUGGUUAAAAAUGAGUCAGUUCUAAUUUCCAAACGUUUAGAUCAGUUUACUAUAAUAAUUGCUCAGAUGCACUUCCGUCUUUAAAAAAAACACAGAGAAGCCGAUCGCCUCAGCUGAUUAGCUUUUUUCAAUAUAAAACAUGUUAAAUACAAAACUAUACACCCAGCAAAACACAAAAACAGAGGCAAAGAAAAAAAAGGAAAUGUAUUUUUAAUAUUUGGUCUCUGAGAAGCCGUGCAUAGGAGUUAAAAACAUCCACGUCCAUUUCAUUGCUUCUAGCAGCAUAUACAUUGACUGUGGUAGUGAAGCAUUCUGUCUGAUUCCUGAAGUAAAGUGCAGUUUUUCUGGUGCCGAAGAAGUUACUGUAGAAAGGGAUCUCUGAGUUGAAACAGGCCAGGGGGAGUAAAGAGGCGUGGAUUCUAUACCCAGUUGUGCCACUGAUCUGCCAGGUGUUCUUACACAAAUAAUUACAUGUGUAAUAAUCCCAGCCUUACAUGGAUAUUGUGAGGAUAAUUCAUUAAUGAUUGCAAAGUGCUUUGAGAUCAGUGAAGGAAAGGUGCCAGACCGGCUAGAUUCUCUAGCUUGCUGCAUUGCCUGUGUGGGGCAAAGGGAGAAGAGACAGUCCAAAACUUCCCUGACUGAGAAACCUGUGCUUUUGGAGGAGUCCUUAGCAGGGGUAGAAACAAUAUAACAGGUUCCUACGCCCUCUGCACAGGGGAUAUGAUAGAGCUGAGGAGAGGCAUCAUGGGGGUGGGGAAGAUGAAUAUCACACUUCAGCUAUUCCCAGGUAACAGAUGGCCCUUUAGGGACAGUUGCCAGCAGGUACAAUUUAGAGCAGUCCCCUGGUUGCUCUAGCUGAAGCAGAGACUCAGGCAACUAACUAAGAGCAGCUGAGAGUCGGGCCUUAUGACUGCACAGUACUAUUGUCACUUAGAAUUGGCGCCACUUCUGCCUGCCCCUGGGAGUGGAGGGUGCUCAGCACCUUUCAAGGAGUGCUCAACAUCCACUGGAUGGCACCCUCUGUGAUGUUGGACAAGUUAUGCAACAUCUCUGAGCCUCAGUUUCCCAGUCUGGGAAAUGGGACUGAUGUCAAAUAGCUCUUUACAAAGAUGGGUGUUUCGAUGAAGGGGGUGAAUAAAGAGAUACAGACUAUAAUUAUUAAUAAUUUGACUGACAGCCAGGGCGUAGUUUUGGUGCACCAUGUCUAGUUCAUUCUUUAAUGCACUCCAGGAUUUUGUUUUGAAGCAGUUCGAGGAAUAGGAGUGACUACUUUUUCCCAGCAAGCUAUUCCCAUGAAGGAACCUCAGUUAAUGAGGACUAUUGUGUCCCUCUGGCAUGUUGCUGUGGUGUGGAUUCCAUUGUAUUAGAUGUGCAACACAAACUAACUGUGGAACAGAAGCCUUCAUGCGGACCUCCUGCAUUUGUUCUUGUUCAUGUGUGUUACAUAUAGCAAUAGACUGAACCACAACCCACACCACCACAACUUCGCUCCUUCCCCUUCCCUCUCAUGCAUGAGUAUCCUGUGAUCUUAGAGAGACAAAGUGAGUGAGGUAAAAUCUUUUAUUGGUGAGAGAGACAAUGGAGCUCUUCAGGUUUGGGAAAGGUAUUACGAGUGUCAGAGCUAAAUACAAGAUCGAACAGAUAGUUUAGCAUAAGUAAGCAUAUUCUAAGGAACCAUUCAAGAUGAAGUGGCCUGUUAACACUGAUUUUAAGGCCAUGAUUUUUAGUGUCUAGCAAAGUUAUGAAUUUAAUAAAAACACUGGAUUUAUGGCUUAUUAUAACAAUCUGUAACCCACUAUCCCCCCUCCCCCACCUCCUUUUCGUCCUAUGACUACAGGGGUGUUAACGGGCCACUUCAUCUUGAAUGAUCCCUUAAAAUAUGUUCUAACUACUUAUGCAAAACUAUCUGUUCGACCUUGUGUUUAGCUAUGACACUCUUAGCCCUGGUCUACACUACAGAAUUACUUUGGUAUAACUACAUCGCUCAGGGGUGUGAAUAAUCCACACCCCUCAACAACAUAGUUAUACAGACCGAAGCUCUGGUGUAGACAGAGCUAUGUUGGCGGGAGAGCUCCUCCCACUGACAUAGCUACCGCCACGCAUGGAGGUGGAGUUAUUAAGCCAACGGGAGAGCUCUCUCCUCUUGGCUUAGAGCAUUUUCAUCAGAUGCACUGCAGCUGCACAGAUGCAAGUUUUUAGUGUAGACAAGCCCAUAAUACCUUUCCCCAGACCUGAAGAGCUCUGCAUAGCUUGAAAGUUUGUCUCUCUCACCAGCAGAAGUUAGUCCAAUAAAAGAUAUUACCUCACUAACCUUGUCUCUCUAAUAUCCUGGUACUGAUACAGCUACAACAACCCCACAGCAUAUGGCUUUCUAGGUGCCCACCUUUACUGCAUUUUCAUAUGGCUAUUUUCAGACUGGCAAAUUUUUAAGGAGGACUGGAAUGAAAACAAUUAACUGAGAAAGCAACUGACCAGAUCCUCCUCUGGUGUAAAUCAUCAGAACCCCCUUGACUUCAACGUCUUAAUAAGGGCUGAGUUUGCUCAUACUCCUACAGGAGCCCAAACCUUUGUUUGUUCCCAGAGCUCAGGCAAUAGCUGUGUUAUCACUGUUUAACAGGGUUAUAAUGGUAGUGCUUAAAGGCCAGUAAGAAUAGGGGCCUGUUAUGCUAGGCACUGUACAAACCAGAGUAGUAGACAAUCCUUACUAGCUUCAAAAUUAGCUGUGGCCCAGCAAAGCACUUGUGUGUAUGUUCAGUAUGAAGAACGAGAGUACUUCCAUUGACUUCAGAGCCCAGGCUAAAGCUCUGUUCUGGAUUGGGGCUAUAUGAGCAGGAGCAUUAUGUGGGGUAUUGAGUCAAGAUGUGUGAAAUGUUCGCGGUGAGAUCAGAAAUGACACACAACUCACCACUAACUUGAAACUCAGUUCACAAACCUUCCCUGGGAACCUGGUCCAAAUUGAGAGACCUGGGCCACUCCAUGGCUUGGCAUGAAAAUACUUCCUCUCCCCCAGCCUCUGUCUUGCCUAUUUGCAUUGUAACUCUUUAGGGUCAGGAGUUGUACAGCACCUAGCACAACGGGGCCCCUGAGGCAUUACUGUAACAAACAUAAUUAUUAAUCAUCAUCAUGUGAAAUCCUGGGAAAGCCAGACAAGCAAACCCAUAUGUGGCCUGAGCCUGUAUAGAUUAGCUCAGCUUCUCCCUUGGCACUGCAGAACUACACACUGGAGUUUUCAGAGGAAUCCCUGAAUCUCUAGGAGCUGUGCUCUCCAUGGGCCAACAGGAACUAGUGGCCGCUGCACAGCGGAACAGAGCAGAAGCAAGAAAAUCCCUUGCAUUCUCUCCUGAUCUCUGGGUAUUUACAUGCUCUGGGAGUGGGAUCUCCAGCUUCUUCCAUGGGGAAAACCCCUGCUCUCCCCACCCCAGCCAAACACAAAAGUUCAUAGCCAACUCCGCAAGCUGAAACUCCCUAUAGGUUAUUCCUGCAGAGGGAAGAAUGAGGGCCAGACCCUCAGCAGGGAUAAAUUGGCAUCGCUCCAGUAUAUAUUAGCUGAGCCCAAACUGCAAAAUUCAAACAAAGACCCAAGCUUCCCAGAAGUUUGAGGGGGUUGCAAAGGUCAGGACCUUCUCAGGGGGUUUGCUCCGGAACCCAUGUCUAGCAGCGAUCUCUUUUCUCUUCCUUUAACAGCAGCAGUUUUGCUGCAGGCUCAGUAACAGAGUUUGUUCUGCUGUGUUCCAUGAUAGUGACCAUUUCCUCAAUCUGCUUUUUUUUUUUUUUUAUAACAUUUUCAGGAAGUCAGUCUUGCCCUUUGGCUUUAAACCUAAUACAGGAUCCAAUACUACGCCUCAUGGUUAAUCACUCUUUUUUUCUUUGGAGUAAUACAGUAAUAUUUAAAAGUGAUAGCAUUAUUUUCCCGGGUGGAGUGCGCCUGCUGGAAUUUGUUUGAAGGUCGGGGUGGGGAGAUUCCUAUUAAUAAAAGAGUUAGGCAAGCAAAAUUCAAAUUCACACACAAAAUUGGUUUCCUCAUCAUUUCCUCAUCCGCAGACCUCAGGAGCAAACGUGAGAGCAGAAGCUGGAGACUACCCACAAAGAAGGCUUCAACUUUGAGCAAAUAAUUCUCCUGUUUAACAGAAAUAUACUAUAUACAGCAGCACAAGCCUAUGAUUUAAAGAGAGACGCAUGGAAAAAACAAAUAUAUAUGGAGGGUCCUGCUUUUCUCUGAAUCACAUUCACCACAGAAACAUUGUCUCUGUAGGAUUAUUAAUAAUAACCAGGGAUACAUUGGACAACAGCUUAAAAAAAGAGGGCCUGUUUAGAGAGAUGCAGACACAUUGAAUGAAUUGUUCACUCAUGCUGGCUGAAAUUCCCAGUAUCGCCAACUCCAAACAUUCAAACAUCAUGAGUCAGGCACCAAAAGAUCAUGAGAUUGGCUUAAAAAUAAUAAAUUUGGAGUUCUUUUAUUUGCCUUCUGAUUUUCAAGUCUUUUCCUGGGCACACAUGGAGGCUAGAAAGUUGCUUUUAAAUGAAAGCUGAGAUUCCCACAUAAUCAUAUGAUUCCAGGAGCUGAGACUUUAAGAAAAAAAUGUCUCACAUAUCAUGCAACUUCCAACAAAAUCAUGAGAGUUAGCAACAGGAGGUCAAUAUGAGACCAAUUCACUGUACAAAUCCCACUCAAAAUUGGGCUUAAGUGGAAUUUAAGUCACACACAGUUCUUGCUCUGGCUAUCUGCACUAGGGUGGCUCACCAUGACCUAUGGAAAGUCAUUUGACCUCUCUGUCAGCCCGUUUAGGAACAAAUCUUACCUCACUGAAAAUGAAUUGCUGCAUUCGAGUGAAACAAUCCUAACUAAUGUCAUUGCACCCUCCAGGCCAGCCCCAUUUACAGGAAUAGCAGGAGGCAUUACACUGAACAUUAUGCAAUUGUACAAAGGGUAAUGAAUGGCCAUUUCAAUGACAAGAUGGCAUUAUGCUAGCCACUUUAGUAUUACUGUGCGGGGACACUGCAGGCUGUGUGCCUCAUCUAUGCCUGGAACUGGCAACUUCCUCAGACUGCAAACAACCACACCUCUCUUCAUUUACAUGGACUCUGAAAACUCACGCCUGCAAAGUCUUUCAGUGCUGAGCCACCAGCGAGCUAUAGCCAAAAACCUGCACUGAAAAUGGCUUUUACCACCCGCACUGCACAAGAAACUGUGCUCCCAGGGAGCAGUAUCCCUCCAUCACUGUCCUCCUUACAUCCUUUCAUGCACCAGGGUCUCUUUGCUCUUUUCUUGUGUUUUUGGACUAACUGUAAAUCCUUCUUGGGCUACCUUCUGCCCUGAGAUACUCACAUUGCCACUGAAGUUAAUGGAUUUACUCUGAACAGGUAUGAUGGAGCAGAAGCCAAUUCAAGCUGUCUUGAUCUCUGCCUGAAAGCGCACCAUGCAUGGAGAUACAACAUCAACAAUAAUAAGAAUACCAAAGGGCAAAACUGGGAUCUGUCUAACAAAUACUCCAGUGUUCAAGCUAAUGAGAUGGUCCAUGCUUGCAUUUGGCCAAUGUCAAAUAUAAAGCUGUAUUUAUGGCUAUUAUUGGUUAACAGUAAGGCCCACGGAGUGCUAGGUGUUAUACAAAGAAGCAAGAAGGCACCGCCAUGAGUCAUGAAGCUCACAAGCACACAUAAGUGAGGGAAAGUAGUACAGCAUGUAAGUAGAGCCGUCAAAUGGCAUUUGGCCAUGCUCUGAAAAAAGAAUGUUAAGGUCUUCCACAUUCCCAGCACAGCAGAAGAGGGUCUUCAAGAGAGACUUACAUGUGGGAGGGGUCUACUGGAUGAGCUCAGGAAGAUCACACCAAAUAUAGGGAGCUGCAGUGAAGAAGGCACAGAGGUGAUCAAGAAAGAUGCUAAUGAACAGACGAGGCUGGGAGCAUUGGCAGAUGGGUGGGACGAUGUUGGGGCAAUAUGGUGGGUCAGAGCUAGGGACGGUUUUCCUGCACAAGCAUCUGCUUGUAAACACUGAGAUAUCUGAAAAUGGAAAAAAAAAGACUGUUUUUUCCAUCAAUUCUGACAUUUUGCAGGUGGUAAGGUUUUUUUUCUUUUUUUAUUUCCUGCACAGCUCUCGACAGAUGCCAUAUUGCUAGUAACAGAGGAGAUUCUGCAAAGCGCAGUGUUCCUGUAUCUCAAAUGACUCACUUGCUGCUUGCAGGAUGGUUACUGUAUCAAGCCAGUGAGUUUCAGUAACAGGAUAUGAACGCCUUUAACACAAUUUACAAGCCCCCCACUGAAUUCAACGGCAAAAGUCAUUGAUUUAGAAAGGAGCACAGCCUCGCCCCUAUCAAAUCUCAUUGUUUACCAUAUUUUUCAAUAUGUGAUUAGCCUACAGUGCUGGUAUUACCCAUUGUACAGAUGCAAGAUGGCUGCUGUAGUUGCAUAGGUGCAGUGCAGAAUCCAUGAGCCCAACCUUAGCAAUCAAAAGUGUGUACAUGGAGAGUAGGGAGUCUCAUUUAACUCCCUCCGGCAAGAAUUGAUCUACUUCUCUUUAAACAUGUAAAUGUGCUCAGGGCCGCCCAGAGGAUUCAGGGGGCCCGGGGCAAAGCAAUUUCGGGGGCCCCUUCCGUAAAAAAAAGUUGCAAUACUAUAGAAUACUAUAUUCUGGUGGGGGCCCCUGUGGGGCCCGGGGCAAUUUGCCCCACUUGCCCCCUCCACCACACCCCCUGGGCAGCCCUGAAUCUGCCUGGUUUUGGAUCAGACUGGGCCCUGUUUUGGCAAGGAAAGGUGUGUUUCAAUCCAGCUUUGUGAAUGCCAUCUGUUGCUCGGUGCCAUAUUCCUUACACAGUAUGCUCCCCCGACCCUCUCCAAUAGAAAAAUGCUCGUUUUAUGUUCAGAGUCCUCGUCAGCCUUCAAACUGCUACACUCUGCGCUAGAUUCUGACUAACCCAGUGCAAAUAUACACGGGGGAGGAGCGGGGAGGAUAGCCUGCCACACUCCCAGUCCUUGCACUUCCUGGGCACAAGAACUGCACCAGGCUUGGGCUGCUGUUGGAUAUAGAGUAGCAGGGUGACCAGAUCAGAUAUGGAGACUGAUACAGAACCUGACCUGGGCUCCUCCAACGAUCCCAGAGACAUGAUGCUUCAGUCUGGAAAAUUCUAGCAGGGGAGGUGCACCUUCUGCUGUAGAACUGUGCCUUCCAGAAACAAUCAGAUCCUACAGUCAGGCUUUAACUGGCAGUGAUAAUCAUACAAUGCUAAGGGAGCAAUGGUGACUGUCAAACUCUCUCUCUAAGAGCACUAGAUGUGAGAGCUCACCCUUGCAAACUCACUUCCAUUCCAACCCUCCCAAUCCUUUACCCUCUGUUCAAGGUAACAACCACUAGCAUAGCACAUACAAAUAAGGAAACUCUCCUCUAAUUACUGUGGUUCACAGUUUUGGCACAACCUGCUACCAGGGGAAUUUAACCACUCUCCCUUGGUUGCAAUAAGUCCUAUUGAACAGCUUCUAGAGCUGUUGAGCUUUUCCAUCUCAUUAAGUGUCAUGGCUCGACAAUUCAAUUCUAACCUGCAGCAAUUUUAAGGCUGAAACAUUAAUCAACAGCUGAACUCUAGUAUGUUUUUUUAAAUCCUGCCGUAUGAUGUUAACAUUUCAGAACACACGGUGGUCAUGAAAACAAUGGGUAUAUUAAGUUACCUUAAAUAACCUACAGACUUUUAUGUAAAAGCCUCUUUCAUGGGUUCACUGAAUGAUCUUGAGCAGGUCAUUUGAUAGCUCUGUGCCUCAGUUUCUCCCUCUGAGACAUAGGGAUAAUACUGAGCACAACAGAUGUGUUCUGAGCUUUAGUUAAUUACUUGGUAUAAUGCAGACAGAUGUUGAAAUGAGAAGGUGCUCUAUAUACAGGCUUUUGAGCAACAUUGUUUAUGUGUUGUCAUCUGCUCAAAAACAUUAAAUAUUUUGCAAUAGGAGUGGGCUAGUAUUUGGAUCAAAAGGCUGAGAAUAAAGGAGGGUCUUGGGAUAUAGUCUGGCUGGAGUGAGACUCAGCAUCUGAUCUUGGGCAAAGCUUUGUGUGUCAAUCUGCCAAGCUGCAGAUCUAGAAAAUGCAGGACCUUACAGAAAACAAGCUAGAGGCUUUGGAGGUUGAACUGUAUCGGAUAAAUGCAUUAAGAAAACAAGAACAGCACUUUAUGUAUAACUAGCAUAAAAUACAGGUUAUUUUGCUCAUUUUCUUAUGUGAUCAAUGAGAACCUAGUGUUAAAUAUUCAAAACCUCCCUGUUUUCCACAGCCCACAGAGAAAAAGUGUCACAGAGACCUUGAAUAGUAACAGGAACCACAUCUGUUGCAAACACUUCAUGCCUUCCUUAUUUCUCUCAGAGGAAGUAUGUGGCCUGUUUGGCAAGUGUCGUUCUACAUGAUAGGGUGAAGUUCACAACACUCUCAUUUGGCUGGCUGCUUCUCGACCUGAUCAGCUGCAGGCAACACAAAAACUCUAUCAUGCCUGCUCCUUUCGUGAAACAUCCUGCAAAGUGGAAUACCAUGCUCAGCAUUUAAAGUUCUGAAGUGCAUUGAUGAAAAUAAAGAGAGCAAUGGGAAAUACUAUGAAAACAACAAGAACCCCGGCAGAAAUAAACGUGCCAUCCCAAACUGGUCAGGAGAGCGAUAUCCUUGCUGUCCUCUGUGAUUAUCCCUCCCCGGAUAUAAGCCAGCCAAUAUUUCACACAGGAGAGAAACUACGUGUGAUAUCAGAUGAAGGAGGUUGGUGGAGAGUCCAUUCCCUCACUACCGGUCGAGAAAACUAUAUUCCAGGAAAAUGCGUAGCAAAAGUUUACCAUGGCUGGUUAUUUGAAGGGCUGGGAAGAGAAAAAGCAGAGGAACUUCUACAGCUUCCCGACACCAAGGUUGGCUCCUUCAUGAUUAGAGAGAGCGAAACUAGGAAAGGAUUAUAUUCAUUGUCAGUCCGGCACAGGCAAGUGAAACAUUAUAGGAUCUUCCGCUUGCCGAAUAACUGGUAUUACAUCUCUCCACGGCAAACAUUUCAGUGCCUUGAGGACCUUGUGAAUCACUAUUCAGAGGUACCUGAUGGUCUGUGCUGUGUCCUUACAACACCCUGUCUUGCUCAGUGCACUAACAACAAUGCAGUGAGGAACCAAGAACCGCCUGUGGUGAUGAGGAACAAAAACUUCAACUGGAAAAACAUUGACAGGCUGCAGAUAAGUAACGAAGAACCAGAAAACACACUGGCCAUGGAUGAUUCCUGUCUCAGCUACGGCCUCAGGGAAAGUAUCGCCUCUUACAUCUCCCUAGCAGGCGAGGACAACUCUUCCUUUCUGAGUAGCAGAAAGAAAAAAAGCCAGUCUCUCAUAUACACUGGAAGCAAACGCAAGAGUACCCUCCAUUUGCCACCUACAUAUUAUGAAGAAUGAACUUGAGACAGAUGCAGUCCACAGAAAAAGAACUGAGUUGUAAGAGCAAACCAUGAUCACCAGGCAGUCCUACCACAGCUGAAAGACACAAACAUACCAGCAGAUGAUCAAAGAGGAGAUUGAAGGAAAUGAAGUCAAAAUUAAUGCUGGUUUUGUGUUUGUAUGGAUUCUGAAUGUUAACCAGAUACUUUAAAAAAAUACCAUCUCAGCUACUAUGUACAUAAAUAAUAACACUGCACCUUUAAUUUGCUCAUGCACAGGUUAUAAUUUAAGUUGAGAGAGGAACUCUAACUAAAAAAUGAUAAAGUGAAGCAAAUGACUACUCAACAAAAGGUGAAAUCACCACUGCACCAAGGGCCAGAGUGAGGUUUAGGCACCACUUAAGACUCACUUGAGCCUUCAUACUAGGCCUUAUGUUGGCACCAUCCUCAGGAGUGAAUAUCACACAGUGUUAUUAGAAAAGGAUGGGUUUGCUGUUCAUCACCUUUUCUGCGUCAUUAGAAGACUCUCAGCAAUAAGACUAUUCUCUUCUGAAUGCAAAGUUAUUUUCAUCUCUGCUGCAGAGAAAUCAGAAACUCACUGGCUCCCCAAAGACAAUUAAAACGCAGCUGGUAUCUAACUUCCAAGAACUGCUUUGGUGACACUGAAUCUAGACUGAAUUUCAUCUUCUUGGAAAAAAAACAAAACAAACCUGCUCUUCGCAAUGGUUUAACUCAGCUGCUGGCAAUGCCAAGUGAAAUCACAAGACAGAGCAACCUUGGAGUUGUUCUUCACAGUGAACUAAAUGGCUUCAAAGUGCAUACAUGGGUGUAACAGAGUAGAAUUCAGCUGCACAGGCCCAAUCUAGUAAUAUACACCAGGAAAUGUUUUAAAGUGAAAUUUAAAGUAUGCUCAGAUUAGGUCCUACAGUCAUAGUGAGUUGCAGUAUGUCUGAAAUUUGUGUGAAAGUGCUCAGAUUUCAACUUAAUUUCUUGAAGGCUACAUAUAUUUAUGUAUAAUAUUUAUAUUAAAUGCUUUUUAUUUCUAAACUAUAUAAUAGUUUAACAGCAACAGGUACAAGAGAUUUUUUUUUCUGUACAUCUUUCUGAAAAGAUACAUGAAAUAGCAAUAAGAGAGGGGUUCCCAAACUUUUUAACUGCAUAACCCCAUUUUAAUGAAGUAUUUCCUGCCAGGACCCCAGGCAGGAUGGAGGUCACACCACAGAGAGGAUACCAUUUUGCUCUACAAAAUUGCAUCCUCAGCACACUGUGACCUCAUAUGUAUGGUGCAUGCAAAGUCACUCUGUGCAGAGGAUGCCAUUUAGUUGAGUAAAAUGGCAUUCUCCAUGCAUUGUAACUUCACACACACCGUACAUGGGAGGUCAUGCUGUGCAGACCAAAAUGGAAUCCUCCAUAUGGUAGGGAUGGCCGUGACCCCAUCGGUUGAUGGCACGACCCCAUUUAGGGUCGCAACCCACAGUUUGGGAACAGCUGCAAUCAGAUAUUACCUAAAGCCAUCUAGUGACAAAUAGAUUGAACCAUCGUGGACUAGAGUAUCUUCUGAUGCACGUGUAUCUUUUCUGUAGGUCUGUAAAUGAGAUCACAAUUUGGCCCUUUGAACCCUGAUUCUCUAGUGCCUUCAGCUUCAGGGGAGUCAUUUACCCCUAUAGGAAUAACACUGUACCAUCCAUGUACAUGAAUUGAGAAUUUUGACUUUAACACAGCCACUCUGCACAGGUCUAAAUGACUAUCCAAGGUAGGGAUCACUGAAGAACUGGGUCCUUUAUGGAUAUCUUCUGUACUUGUUUCUUAACACAAUCUGUGUAUGUGAUAAAAGUUCACAAUGAUCUAUGUAAACAGUCCAUAGUCUGAUUAAAAACAUUUGGGAACAAUAAAACGUGAAUGUAACUUACUUACAAAUAGCGACCACCACAAAACAAAAUAGACUCAGGAACUCUAGAUGUUUGUACACUCUGAUAUAUUGCUACUAAGGGGUUGGGCUCUUAACCAAUGAAACAUAUAUGUGAAGCAUUACCAUUUUCUAAAGCACGUCUUUGUAUUUAUUCCCCAUUAAAAUAAUAUGUAAUCGCUA